CUUGUAAGGAAAAUGGAGGAAUAGACAAUUUAAUAAACAGGCUUUACCAUAUACUUAGCAUAUAAUAUAAAAAAAACUAAGGGCUAAGAUUUGUUUAAUUAAUUAAUUGCUAUUAUAUUAUAAUUUUCUAUUUGAAAGUUGUCUUGGAUUUCUCCAAUUUUUAUAUAGGGAGAAUAGAAUGUGGGUGUUUGCUUCUAUUCUCUCCCUGAGUUAAGAUUGAGCCUCAGGUUUUUGCAGCAUAAGCAUAUGGUUUUUGGGUUUUUUGUACUCUUAUGGAUGAUGAAUAUUGCACAGUUUUUGUUGCAUGCAAGCUAAUUUGAAUCUUUUCCCUUUUUGGACGUUUGGGUAUUUCCUCAUUUUCUUGGUAACACUGUUUAUGAAUCCCUAGCAUUUUCUUGAAUUUGAUCUGGGUGUUCUGUUUCUUGAUUUUUUGUUUUUGUGAAUCUGUUGAUGGGGUUUUUGUGAUUGUUAGUACAAGUGGUAAAAUGGGGUUUGAUGAAUCAUUGAGAUAUUAUAGACAUUAAAGAUUACAACUUUCGUUUCCUUUUGGGUAUUCUGGUUCUUGAUUUUUGUGUUUUUGAAUGUUGAUGGUGGCUUUAUGUGGGUAUUAGUAGAAGUGGGGAAAUGGGGUUUGAUUAUUUUUGUGUAAGAAAUGUGUUUUGAUGUGAAUCAUUGGGAUAUAGAUAUUGAAAGAUAAGAACUUUAAGUUUCUUUUGGGGUAUUCUUGUUUCUUGAUUUUUGUGUUUCUGAAUCUGUUGAUGGGGUUUUUGUGAUUGUUACUAGAAGUGGUGAAUGAGGCUUGAUUUUUGUGAAUCAUUGGGAUAUAGACAUUAAAGAUUGGAACUUUAGUUUGUUUAGGUGUGUGAAAUAUAAUUGAUUUAAGGGGUUGCUUAGUUGGGAUGGGAUCUCAAGGGGGUGGUGGGGUUAAUAGUGUUGGUGCAACACAAGCUCAAGACCCGAAAAUGAAUGCUUUGGCUAGGCAAGGAUCAUUAUAUAGUCUCACUCUUGAUGAGGUUCAGAAUCAAUUAGGGGAUUUGGGGAAGCCGUUGAGUAGUAUGAAUCUUGAUGAGCUUCUUAAGACUGUAUGGACUGCUGAGGCUAGUCAAGGAAUGGAGGGAACGGAUUACGGGGCGUUGCAGCAUGGUCAGGUUGCUUCGGGGAGUUCUUUGCAUCGACAAUCGAGCAUUACAUUGACUAGUGAUUUGAGCAAGAAGACUGUUGAUCAGGUGUGGCAGGAUAUUCAACAGGGGCAUAAAAGGGAUAAUAUCGAUAGGAAAGCUCAGGAGAGGAAGCCUACUCUUGGUGAGAUUACUUUGGAGGAUUUUCUGGUUAAGGCCGGAGUGGUAGCUGAGUCGAAUCCGGGGAAGAAAAGUUUAGGUUCGGUUUUAGGGGUUGAUUCAAUGGCAUUGCCACAACAGAGUGUUCAACAACAAGCUCAAUGGUCACAAUAUCAGAUUCAGGCAAUGCAUCAGAUACCGCCACAACAACAGCCACAACAGCAGAAUAUGCUGCCAGUUUUUAUGCCCAGCCAUCCGGUUCAACAACCUUUGACUAUUGUUCCGAACCCCACAAUUGAUGCAGCUUAUCCUGAAUCUCAGAUGACAAUGUCCCCAACUGAGCUGUUGGGCACUUUAUCGGAUACACAAACACUUGGAAGAAAAAGAGUUGCACCAGAGGAUGUGGUUGAGAAAACUGUUGAAAGGAGGCAGAAGAGGAUGAUUAAGAAUAGGGAAUCUGCAGCUAGGUCACGAGCAAGGAAGCAGGCUUACACCCAUGAACUGGAGAACAAGGUUUCACGCCUUGAAGAGGAGAAUGAAAGGCUCAAGAGACAGAAGGAGAUAGAGAAGGUGUUACCGAGUGUUCCACCUCCAGAGCCUAAGUAUCAGUUGCGCAGAACAAGCUCCGCCCCCUUCUAACAUCCAGUUUCAUGCACGAAUGAUGAAUAUGUAGAUGCAUAGUAUCCGUUAUGUCAUUGAAAUUUACGUUAGCUAGUCAUUGCCCGUUCAUCUCCUCGUUCGUGGUUAACAUCCUUGUUCAAGGAGACAACGCCCUGGAGGCCUCCGAUGGCAGCUCUUGUCGACUGCCCUUGUGACUACCUUGGCUGUCUCUACUUCUCUAGAUAAGUUUUGUUUUCCUUGUAUGUACAUUUUUAUAGUUUUAACCUUGGAAUUAUGCGGAGGACAUAGUUUUGGUAGUUUCUUUUCAGUUACUGUAAGCAUUUCCAGUAUGAAUGCUUUCUGUAGACAAGCGAAAACAAAGUUAUUGUAUGUUUCCAGUUGUCUUAAAACAACCAGGAGAGGGGUAAUCUUCUUCAUGGUUUCUACUAGGCUUGAAAUCCUCAA